AUGGAAGUAUCAGUGCCCACCGGAAGGGAUACCCCAAAAAAAGGGUCCAGGAAACACAUUUCUAGUAAAAGGAUUUUUCCACAGAAAGGAAAAUCUGUAGGUUGUAUCACAACACCGAUUAACAAUAAAAAAUGUGAUAGCUAUGAUGAUAAUAACGAUGGUGAUCUUGGUGACACUUCCCCCGCGCGUGACAUGAAGAAAAACUCCCUUCAGGAAAGAAAAUUAAUUAAACUUGUUAACAGAAGCCAUGACAGUAGUAGCGACCGAAAUCCCAGACGCUGCAGAGAAACAAAGGAAAAGACACUGAACGAACUCAUACUAAAAAGGUACAUCAAACGGAGAAAAUCCUUUGCUAGAAAAUUGUACGAUAUCAAAAAAAAGGAUACACAAAAUUGCAAAAAAAUAUAG